UACGCGUGCGCACAACCUGCCCAUCUUGUGCAACCGAAAAGAGCAUUGCAUGCAUGUAACAUGUGUAUUUGCUACGUGCAAUAUCCAUACUGAAAUCAACGAUCAACUGAGGCGAACCGAGGAUUUAUAUUUGAAAUUGUAUCAGUACCAAUCAAUUCUAAUUCAGCAUGGGAAAGGAACCGAAGGCUACCACUCCAUCAGUUGGAGACCCCGACAAGGGCGCCAAGAUCUUCAAGGUCAAAUGCACCCAAUGUCACGUUAUCGACAACAGUGGCAAGCACAAGCAAGGACCCAACCUGAUGGGACUGUGGGGCAGGAAAACUGGCUCGGCUGAAGGAUUCAAGUACACAGAAGCCAACAAGAACAAAGGUAUCACAUGGGGUCUGGACACGUUAUGGGUCUACCUGGAGAAUCCCAAGGCAUAUAUCCCAGGCACCAAGAUGGUCUUCGCUGGCCUCAAGAAGACCAAGGAACGAGCUGACCUCAUCGCUUACUUAAAGGAGAAAACAACGGGAAACUACACCAAAGAUGAUUAACGACACAUUAGCUAGGUGCAACGGGACCUACAGCAUUUCAUAAUGAUAAUAUAUAAUACUAAAACCAAACAAAAAAAAAUUAUAAAGAAAAAAAAAACUACAAAAAAAAUGGUCAACACUACUUUUUAUUGACUAUGUAUAACUUGACGUAACUUAAGAACCCCCAUUAUCUUCCAUUGGAAACAACAUAUUCCUCAUAGAAACAGCUUUCCAUUUUCUCAAUAUUACAGGUCGACAGAAUAGCUACUUACAUUUGUAAAGAGUGAUUGAGUCAUUAGAUUCUUUCACAGUAUUGGCAGAGAAAGUGAAGCAAUUGUUCCUCGAUGAUGCUUAUGGAUGUGGAAGUAAUUGGUCAUUGCUCAUGACGAAUUAAUCAUGAAUAAUUGAAUUUUAAUGAGAUGGGAAAGUCUGUAUUCGGACGUGUGGCUGGUUUUCUUCAUAACUAUUCUCUCCCAUUGUAUAUUGAUACCUCACUUUGCCAUUUGAUAAAGAGCACUAAUAUAUUCACUGGGUUUUUAUAUUCAUGUGCACAAAAGUUGUGUGUAUUUUGAAUUGUAGGUUAUACAUAAUUGUGCUUUGUGUGUGAAUUUUGUUUCAGAAAAAAUAGUCCCUCAUUAAUAAUUUUGUGAUUAUAAAAGUGUAGAUAAGCAAUAACCAAUUGAAACGAAGGAAAUGGUUGGUUUCAUUUUCACUGAAUCGCUGAAUUUUAACUUCUCUGUGAUGAAUUGCUCGAUUUGCUUCAGUGAUAAAGAGUUAAAAAGUUACCCCUAAUUGAUGCUUGUGGAGAAAAUUGUUGAAACUGGCAUCAUAUUUAUUGGGAUAAAAGUCCAGUGAUUAUUAGCCCCAACAAAUCAGAUAUGUUACUAUGUUGAAGAAGUCAUCUUGCGAUAAAGCAGAUGUGUAGGAUAGUGAAAAAGAUGUGCAUAUUGAACCAAAGCCUUUGAAAUUUCAAGAGUAUACCUUAUGUGUAUUCUCCCCCGUUUUGUUAUGAUUAUCAUUAUUAUAGGAGAUAGGCUUUGUGUUUGUGUUAUAUGCUGCAUGUUGUACAGGUCAACAAAACUUGGAGUGAAUAUACUAUUUUGGAGAUUGGAUUCCAAAAUGGAAUACAUGAAGUGCUUUUUGAGGUUCAUGAAAUGUGUGACCACCAAAUUAUAUAAGAAUGACAUAAUCAUGAAGUUAGCAAAAUUAACCUACCAACAUGGGAAAGUAUUUUACUAAAAUACAGUAUUCAUACUAGUUGGGAUACAAGUGUAAGAUAUUUUUCCCCUUAAGGUUCUGAUGUGCUUAUUAUUACAGGUAUUUUUUUUUCUUUGUUCUUCAUAUUGUAUACCAAUGUGUUGUUUUGUGGGUUUUGAAGGUGUACAUGUAUAGACAAAACAGUUUUAUUGCUUCAUUUUUAUCAUGUUCCUGUAAUUGGAG